AUGAAUGCGGAGAAAUUUAAUUGGAUUAUUCUCUUAAUAAAUAUCUUAAGCACAUUUCCAAGAUUUAUGGAUCUGCAUCAGAAUAUUUAAUUGUAAUUAUUGGCAUUAAUGGUUAGUGAAUUUGAUAUUUUUAAGGCGUAUCAAAAAGUAAUAUUGCUAAUAAUAGAAUAAUUUAUAUACAUUCAUAUUAUUACAUGUUUUUGGAUUUAUCAUUUAGAAAAUGAAAAUGAUGCUGAAGAAAGCUUCUCCUAAAGAUAUUUGAAUUCAUUUUAACUAAUUGUAAGCAUGAUAACUUUCAACUCAGAUUACAAUAAUUUAAAUGACAAUAAUAAAAUAAUAGCAUAUUGUUGUAUCUCUAUUUUAUCAUUUUAUUGCUUUGCAUACUAGCUGUCUAUUUUAAUUGAUCUUUUUAAACCAGAACAAAAAUCCUCUUAAUUGAGUUAUUUUUUUACUCAGAAUAAAUUGGAUUCAAUUUUGAAACUAAAAAUAAGAAGUCAUUUAGAAAAUCAACCUAAGUUUUGUAAUAAGGAAGUUAGUGACAAACUUUCAAAUAAAUUGCUUAAAGAAUAUAAUAUAGUUUAAAGAUAUAAGCUACUGAGUUAAUAUUUUAAAUAUUUAAAUAACGCAACAUUGAAGUAAAUUAUUGAUAAAUGCAUUGAGAUAGUCUAUUAACCAAAUCAAAAUAUAUUUUAGGAAGGAGCAACUGAUGAUUGUUCUCUAUAUGUUAUUUUAGAAGGUUCUGUGCAUUUGAAAUCAAGAACAGAUAUUAUAGUAUUCACAUUAACAUAAUUUGCUGUUUUUGGAGAACUAUCUUUUUACACAGAAAAUCCAAGGGAUUUCACUGCAAUCACUGAUGGAACUACAAGACUCAUUAAAAUUUAGAGAUCAACCUUUUUAUCUCAGUUGAACUUCAAUGAAAAACAAUUCUUUUAUGAACAACGAGAUUUGAUACUUUUUAAUGAAAAACUACCCUAAGAAUGUAUUUGUUGUAAUUCCCACUAACAUGUAAUAACCAGUUGCCCCUAUUUAACCUACAAACCUGAUUUAGGUUUCAUUUUAAAAAAAUAUGCGUUUCCUCAUAAAUAAGUGAGAAGAGAUUAUAGAAGAAAAAAGAAUAAGGAUGUAAAGGCGUACAACUUUUAUAGACAAGCCUUUGAAUUUGAAAACGCAUUCUAAAAUUUGGUUGAAGAUUAUGUUUAUAAUGCCUCACAAAGUUAAACAUAAAUUCCAAUUGAUGACAAUCACAUCAGAGAUUCAUACUUUAGUUAAUUUAGCAAAGUAAGCAAAGAAAAGUCAUUUAUCAAAUCUACAUCCUUCUUAAAAUAACAAUCUGGCUUUGAUUAGUAGUCUAUAUAUAAUAAUGAUGUGCAAGUAAAUGUGGACUAGAAUAAUGAAUUUUAAUAUAUUCAUGAUAACAGUUAAGAAUUUGAUUUCGUAUCAAAAGUUAGAACAGUUGAACAGAAAAGGACGUUCAAUACAGCCGGGUUUGGAUCGUAAGGGGGUGUUGCCUCGAAUAAGGAUAUGACUGACAAGUCGCUCAAUAUCAUCAUGGAGAAUGAGGAUUCAGAUUCACAUAAUGAUUAAGAAUCAAGAUACAAACAAGUUUAAAAUGAUGUGAACGAGGAAAACUUGAUGGAAGAUAAAUUCAUCAGAAAAUACAAUGAUCCAAAGUUAACAUUUAAUAAUAAUUUUGAAUCCCAAAUGCAUGAUUAGAAUCAAAGCAGACUUUAACGCUUGGGUUCUGGAUCCUACAGAUAAUAAAGCUCUAUGAAUAGUAUAUAUCUUCAUCCUGAAGUUGUUAGUUAAAGAUUAAACUCCUCAAGAUCCCUAACUAAUCAUUAAUACAAACCUAAUCUCAAUCAAUCGCAAUAUCUAAAGAAGUCUAGUUUUUCAAUCCCUCAAAAAAUAUAGCAACAAUCUCGUUAAUUAGAUAACUUUAAUUAGGAAGAAAAUAAGAAUCAAAAUUUCAUGAAUCCUUUCAGAAAAUCCAUCACAAGGAGAGGAUCAAAAUUGUCAAAUGUUGCUUCCAGUUUCUCUCCAUUUAGUGCUUAAGAAAUACCUGUUUAUGCAAACAAAUCUUUUGGUAUAGAUAAUUUUGAUGUUAUGUAUGCUUUUGAUAAUUAUUUGGCUCAUAAUAAUUAUGAAGUUACAAUCUUCUAGUAAAUAUAAUUAAUAAAUUUAAGGGCAAAUAAAAUUAAAAUUGGAACAAGACUACGCUUCUCUAAAUAUCUGACAGAUUAUAGACUUGUAAACAUGGUUUAAAAGUUAAAGUAAAAAAGAUUAACAAACUGA